AUGACAGAAGAUCUAAAUCAUUUUGCUAAAUAUUAAACCUAUUCCUCAUAUUUAACCAUUUAUAAUGAUACAGACUCUCAUUCCAAAACUUAAAGAUUAAAUAGAAACCCAUUAGAGUAUUACACAAAGAGAGGUUUGGAUCCACCAAAAACAAUUUAUGGAGAUCCAGCACAAAUUCUUAAUCCUUAAGCUCCUUAGAAAUAGGAUUAAGGUAAUGAAGCAAAUGCUGUUGGAACUAUUCAUUACUUUGCAAAUGAAAUAGAUCGCUUAUGUUUUGAAGUUGGCAAAUUACUUUAGAAACCUUAAGCAAUUAAAGAGUAGUUGAAUACUAAAAAGAAAAUGUCCUAAGAAUAACACAAAAAUCAUCCUUCUAGUGAUAUGCAAAUCUAAACACUCAAAUAGAUUAAAUCUCUCAAUAAUCUCAAUCCAUCAAUUCAACGAUUAUAUACUGAAUAACUAUUGCAAGAAUAGUAAUAGGAUUUACUGGAAUAUAGAAUUGAUGGUUAAAAGUAAGAUCUUUAAAUAGUGUUACCAACAUAAAAUUAAUUCAUGGAUUGGUAAUCCCCAAAUGUCUAAAAUUAAUUGUAAAGAAACGAAAAGCCAUAUUUAUCUUAACAAAAAUCUGUUCGUUAAUUAUAUUAAAGAAGCCAUAAAUCUACGAUGAUUCCUGAGGAAGGGACAAAAAGAGUGAAAUAAAAUAAAAGAACCUAAGGGGGUUCUCUUGCUGAAUUAGCCUUGCAUAAAGAUGAAGAAAUAUAGAAGGCAAUUAAGAUUUUAUAGGGAGGACUAAAAAAGUGA